GGCCGCCGCCGCGGAGUCCCUUCGUGCACCAGCUGCGCCUCAGCCCCUUGGAGAAAGCCAAGCUUCUGGUUCCAAGAACAUACAGCAGAGGAACUGGUGCCUGCCCAGUCCUGGAAGAUCUUUCUAGGUUGGGUCCUGUGUUGCCAUGUGAAUGCACCCUGCUGAAGAAGUGCACAUCACUGACUGGGAGCUGCUGUGAUGGACUGACUUCUCUGUAGUGCAGUAAGAUUUACAACACACCCAUACUAAAUAUUUACUUAAUGUGAGGCUGCAGAAAGGGAAAAGAGCAUGCGGAUGUAUUCACUGACAAACAGGGUCUGAAGAAGUAUGGAAAGCUAAGACUGCAUUAGGGUUAAAGAGUGUGCUGCGUUUCAGCUAUAAUUAAGGUGGAUUGCCUUCAUGACCUUGACUCUGUUUCCUAUCCGACUCUUUUUUGCUGCUUUUAUGAUGUUGUUGGCCUGGCCUUUUGCAUUCAUUGCUUCAAUGGGAUCUGAUGAGCAAGAGCUUGAAAAGCCCCUCUCCUGGUGGCGAAAGAUAGUGGAUAUUUUGCUGAAAGCAAUCAUGAGAAUGAUGUGGCUUGCUGGUGGAUUCCACUGGAUAAAUGUAAAAGGCAGACGGGCAUUGCCGACAGAAGCAGCAAUAUUAACUGUGGCUCCCCAUUCUUCCUACUUUGAUGCCAUUCCAGUAACUAUGACCUUCGCCUCCAUUGUGAUGAAAGCAGAAAGCAAAGAUAUUCCUGUUUGGGGAACUCUAAUCAAAUACAUCCGGCCAGUAUUUGUAUCUCGGUCAGACCAGGAUUCUCGCAGGAAAACUGUUGAAGAGAUUAAGAGGCGUGCUCAGUCUGAUGGUAAAUGGCCACAGAUAAUGAUAUUCCCAGAGGGCACUUGCACAAACCGAUCCUGUCUAAUUACAUUCAAGCCUGGAGCAUUCAUUCCUGGAGUUCCUGUACAGCCAGUUGUUUUGCGUUAUCCAAACAAACUGGAUACAAUCACGUGGACGUGGCAAGGGCCAGGAGCGUUAGAAAUUCUAUGGCUUACUUUGUGUCAGUUUCACAAUUCUGUGGAAAUUGAGUUUCUGCCUGUGUAUAUUCCUUCAGAAGAAGAAAGAAAAAAUCCAGUGUUAUAUGCCAAUAAUGUCAGACGUGUAAUGGCAGAGGCAUUGGGAGUUUCAGUGACAGACUACACAUUUGAAGACUGUCAGCUAGCUUUGGCUGAAGGACAACUUCGUCUGCCUUCAGACACGUGUCUUUUAGAAUUUGCAAAGCUUGUGAGAAGCCUUGGCCUGAAGCCAGAAACACUUGAAGAUGAUCUUGAUAAAUAUGCUGCAAGUGCCAUGAAAAUGAAAAAAGAAAAGGUUGAUCUUAAAGAAUUUUCAGCAUACUUGGAAUUUCCAGUUUCUCACACAUUAGAAAGUAUGUUUGCGCUGUUUGAUGAGAAUGAAGACGGUAUAAUUGACAUACGGGAAUUUGUCAUUGCUCUGUCAGUUGUCUGUAAGCCAUCCAAAACUCUGGAAACAAUUCAGUUGGCAUUUCAGCUGUACCAGUCAGAAAAUGGAACUAUAACAGAAGAGGAUUUAGCUCAUAUUCUGAAGACUGCCAUGGGUGUGUCACAGAUUAAUGUUACGCAUCUUUUUAGAGCUGUAGAUGAAGAAGAAAAAGGAAAGAUUACAUAUGAUGACUUCUACAGAUUUGCUGAAUUGCACCCACACUUUGCAGAAGACUAUCUCUAUGCUGAUCAGAUGGGAGCUGAGAGUGGCUUGGAGACUUCAUCUCUUUCUGCUCCUAAUGGUAUCUGUACUGACUUCAGCCCUGAAAACGCUGAAGAUAAAAACAAGCCCCUGCAGAAGAAACUGAAUUAACACUACAACUGUUACCUUCCUCUCCUGGUGAGAGGAUUGUCUUUUCUUGGGAUUUUCAUAAGUCACUCCAACUAUACAGCAAAUACCAGUUUUGUGUGUGAAAGUUCUUCUACCUUAAUACUGUUCUUUGAAUCGUAUGUGCUAUAUUUAACAACAUGUUCCAGGUUACUUUGGGGAAGGUGUUUUUAUUUUUUUCAAAAAGGUCUUUGAAAGGCAAAAAUGUGAAUGUGCUUCAUUAUUAAUGUUCAUAUUUAAAAGGAAGCGGCACACUUAUUUAUAUUCCAUUGGCUAGUUUCAUGUACAAAGUGUCGCACAAACUGUGCAUGUAUAAAGAAACUGUAGCUACUAUGGUGUUAAGUGCACUUUGGUGAUUAGUGUUUUCCCUAGUUAUGGGGAUGUUUAUUUGGGGCCAAACUUUGCUGUCCAUAUUUGCAUAGUCGGUCCUGUUGGUUUCAGUGGGAUUAUUCUCUCGAGCAAGGCAAGCAUAUUUUGGCCCUUUGUUUUGGUUUCAGUGAACAUUUUGGAAACAAUUAAUGCAAAAACUUGCUAAGGAUUACUUUUUAUUUUUAUUGUUGAAUGACAAAAUUGUUUCUCUUUCAGUCUAUUCCAUGGUAGAAUGAAAAGGAAAGGCUUUUUAUCCCUCACCCCAACACUUUUCUACUGUAAUCUUCUGGAUGCAAUUAAACGUGAAUUUUUUUCCAAACUGA